AUGAUAGCAGGUUCCCAACGGCCCAAGCUGCGCGCCAAGACGGGCUGUCUUCCAUGCCGACAACACCGCAUCAAGUGCGAUGAGCGGACUCCCAUCUGCCGAGCUUGCCGUGCCUCACGAAUCCCGCGCGAUUGUCAGUGGCCUGAGGACAAGGACCUCAUCGACCGCCGCUUCAGAUCAUGCCAGAUUCUCAAAGCCCAUCACAAAUCGCUUUCUGUUGUAGCGACGCCGCAGCUUCUGCUGGCCGAGUGUGUGAUGGCUCGUGAACGGGAGCGCGAUGACAUCGAAUGGACACUCUUUCGCGAAUUCGGACACCGGGGAACACCACUUCUUUUACUGCCAAAUUGUAGCUCUGUUUUCCACAAUACAUGGUAUACAGCUAUACAUAAUAUCAUGGUGUCGCGCAAGACUCUGUCUUCUGCUCUCAUGGCAUGCGCUACAUCCUUCGUUUCUAUAAGAGGAGGACCGCCAGGCAUGUGCCAUGUCUCUCAUCAGUACUACACCGACUCGUUAUCCCGGCUGGCAGAAUCGCUCUGUCAAGGCUCACCAGAGAAGGACGAUGACAUUCUUAUCACCAUUGUGCUUCUGUAUGCAUUCAACUUCAUCUCUGGCUCCUCCUCAUGGGAUGAUCAACCUCAGCAUGUCACUGCUGCCAUCAAGAUCAUCAGCUCCCGUAUACUCAACGCGACAAGCACCGACCUUACGACUUUUCUCCGUCUGGCACUCGAGAGUGUGUUGUAUCAGGUCUUCUUAUUAAAUAACGGUCUUUGGUCCAGCGUAAAUAGCUACGUGUCCCUCCAGUCGCUGAACUCGGAGUUUUGGGCUCUCUCAGAGAAGCUCUUGGAGAAUCCUACGAGCCUCGAUUUUUCCCUGCUGAGUAUCAAUAGCCCCGUCCUUGGUAUGCCCUUGGCUGUGAUGCGACUCGCCACAUUUCUCGGCCAGCUUUGCCUUGGAAGAGAAUCCGCCAACAUGGAAGAUCUGGUGAAGCUUCAGACCGAGGUCGCAACAUGGGAGGAAUUCGCCCUGCAGGCGGUGGAACAGACCGAUGCGUAUGAUGUGCUGAACAGAGACGCCAACUGCCUAUACGCGAUGGUGGCUUCUAUCCUCAUGCAACAUCUCAUUGCCUUUGGUCCAAACACAGGACUUCCCAAAGUAUCUCACACAAGAAAUUGGAGAGCCUGUACAGCACUUCAAAUCCUGUCCAGACGUGCCGAGGAUCAUCGCUGGUCUGAGUGUUUCAUGGGGACUUGGCCUGCAUACGCCCUUGGGUUCUUGCUAUCUGACGCCAAAGAUAGAGAUAUUGUGCGGCGCGACAUGCAACGUCGGAGGGAGCUCACAGGCUUCUGGAUAGUCAAGCGGUUCCAGGAGGACUUGGAGAGGUCUUGGGCUGGGCUCGAGGCAGACUCACCGUCAGCAUCGGUCAACUACGAUGUCCCCGACACAGGUGAUGCCGCCGCCAUUGAGUCACUCAUGCCGAUCAUGGCGUUUUAA